AUGGCCCCAGUUAAGAACCAAGAAAACAUUAACCAAAAGCUUGCCUUGGUUAUCAAGUCCGGUAAGUACACCUUGGGUUUCAAGUCUUCCAUAAAGUCCUUGAGACAAGGUAAGGCUAAGUUGAUUAUCAUCGCUGCCAACACCCCAGUCUUGAGAAAGUCUGAGCUAGAAUACUACGCUAUGCUUUCUAAGACCAAGGUCUACUACUUCCAAGGUGGUAACAACGAACUAGGUACUGCUGUCGGUAAGUUGUUCAGAGUCGGUGUUGUUACCGUUUUGGACGCUGGUGACUCUGACAUUUUGACCACUUUGGCUUAA